CAAACACAUCAAAGAAUCCACACAGGGGAAAAAUCUUUUGAAUGCUCAGAAUGUGGAAAGAGAUUUACUCAGAAUGGCACUCUUAAAACACAUCAAAGAAUCCACACAGGGGAGAAAUCUUUUGAAUGCUCAGAGUGUGGAAAGAGAUUCAAUCACAAUGCCAGUCUUCAGCAUCAUUUCAGAACCCACACAGGAGAGAAACCUUUUGAAUGCUCAGAGUGUGGAAAGAGAUUCAGUCGAAGUGGAAGUCUUCAAACACAUAAAAAAAUCCACACAGGGGAGAAAUCUUUUGAAUGCUCGGAGUGUGGAAAGAGAUUUAGUCACAGUGCCAUUCUUAAAAAGCAUUUAAGGACCCACACAGGGGAGAAACCUUAUGAAUGCCCAGAGUGUGGAAAGAGAUUCAAUCGAAGUGGCAAUCUUCAAACACAUAAAAGAAUCCACACAGGGGAGAAAUCAUUUGAAUGCUCAGAGUGUGGAAAGAGAUUCACUCAGAAUGGCAGUCUUCAAAUACAUCAAAGAAUCCACACAGGGGAGAAAUCUUUUGAAUGCUCAGAGUGUGGAAAGAGAUUCAGUCGAAGUGGCAGUCUUCAAACACAUCAAAGAAUCCACACAGGGGAGAAAUCUUUUGAAUGCUCAGAGUGUGGAAAGAGAUUCACUCAGAAUGAAUAUUAUGCCAGGAUACGUCACGCUCAAGAAGACCUCUUCCUUUGCAGCGUGGCUGAAGAAACCGAGGCCAGCGAGUCCCGACGUCCUAGAGGGGCCGCCGGGGAAGCCCAUCUUCCUGCCCGCCCUGCGUACGUGGGAAAGGGCCCUUUGCGGUUCUCGCCCGUGCGGCACCGGCAGCUCCUUCCGAGAAAAUCUAUAGCCAAGUGA